AUGAGGCUAGCAGACAUCACAGACAGUGCCGGUUUAAGCGAACGACUGAUCCAAUUCGCAUCGGAAAAUUUGGUGACUGAAGUGCUGAUCCAUCCUGCUGUGAGUACGUUGGCUCAGUGCGUGAGAAAUUUGCUGAGCAGCUUCACCAGACACCGGCACAUCAUCCACGCCGGAUACACAUAUGCAGCUAACGGAUCAUGGGCUUUACAAGACGGAACAUUUUCGUUGUCCGACUUUUCCGAAGCGUUUCAAGAGAUCGAAGUGCAACGCGUGAUCCGCGCCUACGAGAACGGCAUCUCCCUGGACUUGCACUGCUCCCCGGAAGGCGACUGGACCCGCCUUCCCAAGGAGAACUUCGCAAAGUGCUGCAAACUUCGCGUCAACCCGAACGACGUCCUCACGGCCGGAACUUCCUCCAUCACCAGCUUCGUAGACUACAUCGCGCCGUUUUUGAUUCCCUCGGUGAUUGAAAAUCUGCUGGAAAGUUCGGACGUGGUGGGAAACAUCCGGUUCUCCAGGCCGACUCUGUACGUGUUUCCGGGCGGUCAGGGCGACGCGGCGCUGUUCGGGAUCAACGGAUUCAACAUGCUGCUCGACGGCGGGUUUUCGAGGAAGGCGUGCUUUUGGGACUUUGUACGCCACCUAGAUCGGCUGGAUGCCGUGUUAAUGACGAGACUGAAUAAUAGCAACGUUAAUGGAAUUAGUGCUGUGUUAAAGAGGAAGAAACAGGAUGCGGUUUAUCCUCAGAUUGGCCAUUUCUUUUGCAAUAUUACGGAAAGAAAAACCUUGUUGAGUCCGGACGGAGACAAAGACAAGGACCCCCUGCUGAUAAACUUGCUGGAAGAGGGCCAGGAAAUCAUAUCCAACCUACGGCACCUCAGUCUGAACCCUCAGGUGUGUUAUCGCGAUUCCGAGCCCAUUAAUCUGUACCAUAAAGUAGGCCAUGGUACAUUAGACAUGUACGUUCUCAGUCCUGCCAAAGAUUCCAAAGAGGUUAGGGAUUUCCUGGUCAAGUGGAACCAGAGCGACCAGAAGUUGUUUGCCAACCAGAAAACCGGACGGGAUUUCAACAUCCCGGUGCAAAACAUGGUAUCGAUUUGCGCGCUGUUGGUGUGGCAGCCUGCUAAUCCCAAUGAUACUAUUACUAGAAUACUGUUUCCUGGUAGCAGCCCCCAAAAGAAAAUAUUCGAAGGGUUGGAUAGAAUUAGGCAGCUGGAUUGCGUUAAGCAUCCAGUGUGUUCGGAAAAAUCACUGAUGCCAGUCUCCCUAAUCCAAAAGUCCAAACAAAAAGACACACUAUUAGAUAAGGUUAUACCAACUGAAAAACCCAAAGUUCCUGUUGAGAAGAGAGAGAAACGGCAAGAAAACAAACUGAUUGAGAACAAUAUUAAAAAUGGCGAUAUGAACGGCGCCCCCAAAGAAAAAAUCGUUAAGAAAUCGGAUUCAACUGAUAGCGAGAAGAGCGCUAAAGUUAAGAAAUCCGACGAAAAAAUCAUCGAGAACGGUGACAAACCAAAGUCCAAACCAAAGGCUGCGCCUAAGCCACGCGCGGAUUCUCAACAGAGAAAAAAAGCCGCCAAAGCCGAAGCCGACAAGAAGGCCUCGCCAACAACUCCAAAGAAAACCGCAGAUAACAAAACGAACGGCGAAUCUAAACCAAAGACUGCUUUCAAACCAUCCCCCUCAGCGACCCCGGCCAAAAGUACAAAAGACGCAAACAAUCGCAAGGUAAUCGAAUCCAAAAAAGCUGUUCCCAAGAAACCCGAACCGAAACCGGAGCCUAAGCCUAAAGUGGAAAGGAAACCCAUAUCCAGGCGCCCCAAGGAAGCCCCCAAACCAAUCAGCCCCAUCAAAAAAGUUAACGGUGUUCAGAAACCUGAUAGUAUAUCCAAGCGUGGAAAACUAGACAAAGAGGGCACAACCGACUCCAGCACCUUGACUCCGGAAGAAUUGCAACAACUGAAAGAAAAAGAGUUGGCUGAUCUUAAAGAGGAACAGGAAGCUGUUAAAGAACUCGAAGCUGUAUUCAAGAAAGCUGAAACAGUUAAGGGUGAGGAAGAACCCUCAAACCUAAGAAAAGUAAAAGAAGCCUCUAUUGAUGAUAAACUUGAAAAUGAAGAAUACCUUAUCGUGGAAAAAGAAGAAAUCGAACACGAUUCAUUGGACGACAAAGUCAAGGAAGACGAGACACAAAAACACGCUCGAGACAGCGAAGAAUCAGAAAAACAGAGAAAAUUAAGCGGCGAAUCUAUCAAAAUCACUACCAAAAUAGUAGAAGUAACAAACGAAACCCGCGAAGAAAUAAGCGAAGAAGUACGGAACAUCGUGGAAGAAGCGGCUGAAUUGGCAAAAUCCAGAGAAAACAGCCAAGACAACAAAGUGGAAGAGGCAGCUGUUGAUAAAAAAGAAGCCGACGAAGAAGUGAAAGAGGUCGCGCAAGAAUCUCAACCGGACGAAAAAUGUUCAGCAAAUGUUGAAUCGGGAGCGACAACAACCGCUCCCACUUUACCUGAAGACGAAAGAAUUCCCUUGGACGAAAUUAAAGAAGAUAACGCUCAGGCGGUCGUCGAGGAAAAACAUAUCAAAGAAGAAACCAAAGAAAAAGAUAUCCCAGUAAUUCAUUUACCUCCGAAAACUGUUGAUGCCAGCAAAAUCUCGCCGGUGAUCGGCAUCAAACUCGACAAGCAAGCCCAUAUCAAAGAUAUAGUUAAAACUCCAGACGAAGUCGCUGAUUUGCCUAUGCAUGAAGAAGUUGACGAUAUAGAGUUCGAAUACUCUCACGAAUUAAAAGCCACUGAUGUACCAGAAAAAAUUCACGAUGCUGACAAAAAAGAUAAACCUGUAGAAGAAACGGACGCCAAACCUAUAGAAGGAAGCCCAACAGAUAAGGAGAAGCUUAAAGAACUAACCGAUAACGUCAUUCAAAAUGAAGCUGCAAUUGCAACUGAUAUUUUAAGAGACAACGAAAAAGAAAUAUAUGCUUUACCAGAAGUAAAAAAGGAACAAAUAAAAGAAACAGAUGCCGUCUGUACCAAAGAGUCUACAAAAUCACCUGACGAGGAGAAGGAGAAAGAUGAACAUGAAAUUGAAAAAGAAGAUAAAGUUGAUUUAAAAUCACCCGAAACUGAAACCAAAGAAAUAAGCAAACAUCCUAAAGUAGAAGUAGAAGAAGAAAAUAAAAAGGCUGUCGAGGAGGAUAGCAAGAAGCCAGAAGAAAAGGCCGAAGAAAGUAAAAUACCGGAAGAAACUAGUGAAAUAACAGAAAAACACAAAAAAGAAAACCUGGUUAAGGAAGAAAUAAAGGAAAAAAUAGAAGACCAAAAAUUGGAAGAAUCCAAGGAUAUUUUACAAGAAGAUGAAGUACGGGAAGAUAUACACAGCAAAGUACAAAUAGAAAAGGCUGAAACAGUUAAGACUGAAAUAAUUACCAAAGAAAAAGAAGUUGUUGAAACUAAACUUGAUGCUGCAAAAAAUGAGGAAACUGUUAAAGAUGAUAAUAAAGAAGAAACAAAAUCCGAACCACCAGAAACUUCACAAGACAUUGUCGAUAAAUUAAAUAAAAUUGACGAUGACACAAAAGAAGAAGACACCAAAAAGGACGAUGAUAAAAUUCAAACAGAAAAGAAACCUGUCAAAAUAGAAGAAGAAAUUAAAGAAACUGAAAUAAUAAAAGAGGAAAUAUCAGUACCUGAACAAGCAAUGCGUAGGCUUUCUGCCCAAAUGGAUGGUAUGUCGAAAGUUGAAGAUAAAUUAGAUGAACUUAAAAAUGAAGCUGCCGAAAACGUUAUUAAAGAUGACACAAAACCAGAAAGUAAAAAAGAAGAUGACGAGAAAAUUGAUAGUGAUACAACUGCAAUUAAAACAGAGGACAUUAAAGAAGACGAAAAUAAAACCGAUGAUAAAAUAGCGGCACCCGAAGAAGCCAUACGAAGACUAUCCGCUCAAAUGGACGGUAUGUCAAAAGUGGAAGAUAAAUUGGAAGAACUUAAAAAUGGUAACGCUGAAACCGUUCACAUAGAUCAUAAAACUGAAGAGACACCUCUGCAUGCUGAACAAGUUAUAAUAUCUUCAGCAACCACACCAGAUUCUCCAAUGACAAUUGAACCACCACUAGCGGACCUUCCUGACAAAAUUGAACUAGGAAGAAAAUCACCCAAAGAGCGCGAAGAAGAUGUAAUCAAAAUCGUGACUAAAGUUGCUGAAGUUCUCAAAUCAGAUGCUCCAUUAGAACAAUUCAAAGGUACAAUUCCUUUGGCAGCUUUUCCAUAUACAACCGAAUUAAGAGAAACUCACAUCACAACAGUUGAGUCUCCUUUAACAGAAAGUAAAGACAUAACUACGAUACCUGAAGAACCUUACGAUUUAAAAAUUGCUUCUUCUGUAUUCAUAGAAGAAGAAAGACAACAUCCACCAAUACCUGAAGUCGACGAAAAAUCCGAACUUGAGCAAAAACGUGACAGCCUCAUUAAAGAAACUCAAGAAUUAAUGAUGGCCAGUUCUAAGAUACUUCAAGAUAUCAAAUCAAAAGCUGACGAAAACGAUAAAGUUGAAGAGGAUCCCGGCACUGUACAUCGCAUGUUGGUGACAGCUUCAAGUGAAGAUGGUGGCGAAGAAAUUGAAAUUUGUCCACCGGGCACCAUAACUUUCUCGAAAAGUUCAGAGAGUUCGGGAAGAUCAUCUCCGGAAAUAAGAAUGUCAUCCAAAAAAUCAUCAAUUGUCGACACUGCAUCAGAGUCUAUUGUUACCAUUAUUAAAGAAACCGAAGAAAAAGAAAUAAAAGAAGAAAAACACGAGAGCAAGGAGGAAACUUUGGAAGUGAAGGUUAAAGAUGAAAAGAAAGAAUCUGGUAUUUCCACGCCUGACUUAAAAGAUUCUAAGGAGGCUUCAGGAAAGACAUCCCCUCUUUUACUUGAAAAGGACUCAGGACAAGCUUCACCUUCAUUAGAAAAGCCAAAAAUGCCUGAAACAAUAAAUGAUUCCAAAGAUGCUUCAGGGAAAUCAUCGCCUGAUCUUUUGGUUAAAGAAUCUCACAUUGAAAUGUCAAAAGAAGCUUCUGGAAAAUCCACUCCUGAUCUACCAGCUUCAGGUAAAACAUCACCUGCUCCUGCAGAAAAACCAAAAGAAACACCAGAAGAGAAAGAGAAAGCAGAUUCUGGAAAAUCAUCCCCAGAUAUUAAAGAUAAUUCAGGAAAAACUACACCAGAUAUAAAUAAAAGCCUCUCUGAAAAAUCCACCCCCGACAAUAAGGAAAGAAAAAAAUCAAUUCAGGAAGAAGUCAUUACCAAAAAAGUAGCAGACCAAAGCGAAAAUACGCCUGAUGCAAUCAGAAAAGAAUCUUUAAAACAUGACGAUAAUAAACUUACCGAAAUGGCAGGCCUUAAUGGAAAAGUAUCCCCUGCAUUAAGCGACAAAGAUUCGAGUCCUAAAAAAUCUGGAAAAUCCACACCAGAAGAAAAACCGACAUCAAGAAAAUCCAGUAAAAACUUGGAAAUAGACCUAUCAAGUACCAAAGUAUUAUCUGGUAGAAAAUCACCGGAUGUAAUCUUUUCACAAGAAACUGAUCUUUUACUAAGAACUGAAAUCCCAACACCCGACCAAGAAGAAAAACACGACAGUUCUAAAGAUGAAAUUGGUUUAAAUUUAAAACAAGAAUUUGACGCUUGCAAAAAAGAUCCAUCUGGAAAAUCCACGCCAGAUUUAACACCAAAAAACUUGUCUGGACAAUCCACCCCCGAAAUUAAAGGAGAAACUAAAGGAUCCUCUGGAAAAUCAACUCCAGAUUUAAAAGGCAAAGAUACAAUGGAACAGGCUAAAACUGAUACUGAUAAACUAUCUGGAACUUCGACACCUGAUGUAAAAGAAACAUUGUCUGGCAAAUCUACACCAGAUAAUAAAGAUGCCUCAAGAAAGCCAUCCGUGGAUAUUAAAUAUCUUGUUUUAGAUGAAAAAGAAACUAAAGAUCCUAAAUCAGAAAUUGUGAAAGAAGUUGAAGAUAUUAAAGAUACAGUCGCCGAAAUUAAAGAUGAAAUUAAAGACACAAAAUCUAAGGUCACCGAAGAAAUUAAAGAUACAGCUGCCGAGACAUCAAUUGACAUUAAAGAUAAAGCUGCAGAAAUCAAAGCUGACAUCGCAGAAGCAAAAUUUAAAAUAACCGAAGACAUUAAAGAUACGAAAUCAGAAAUAGUGGAAGACAUCAAAGAUAAAGUCGCAGGAAUUAAAGAGGAAAUCAAAGAAGUUAAAUCAGAAGUAAAAGAAGUAAUUGAGGAGACUGGUGGAUUUUUCAGUAAACUUGGAUCUUCUAUUAAAUCUGCAUUUAGCAGUAGCAAAGAGGAAAUAGAAACUGUUGCGUCAACCAUUACAGAAUCGGUAGAUAAAGAUAUAACAGAAGUAAAGGAUGAAAUCAAAGAUGCAUCAAGAAAGUCAUCUAUGGUUUCAGAAAUUAAAGGUGAAAUUAAAGAUUUCAAAGAAGAAAUAAAAGAUGCAUCCAGAAAAUCAUCCAUUGAUGUUAAAGAUCAGGUUGCAGAAAAUAAAACAGAAGCAAAAUCUGAAGUUGAAAAAGAGGUUGACGAUGUAAAGGAAGUUCUUGAAGCUUCUUCUAGAAAGGCAUCAAUUGAUAUUAAAGAAAAAAUUGCAGAAAUACAAGAAGAAAUCAGAGAAGCAAAAUCUAAAGUUGAAAAAGUAGCCGAUGAUAUAAAAGAAGAUAUUAAAGAAACAUCUGAAAAGGCGUCAAUUGACAUACAAGACAAAGCAGACAGUAUAGGGGAUGAUAUUAAAAAUACAAAAACUGAAAUAAUAGAAGACAUUAAAGAUAAAGUCGCAGACAUAAAGGAUGAAAUCAAAGAGGCCAAAUCAGAAGUAAAAGAGGUAAUUGAAGAGACGGGAGGAUUCUUUAGCAAACUUGGAUCAUCAAUUAAAUCUGCAUUUGGAGGUAGCAAAGAAGAAAUAGUAGAGGAAGUAAAGGACGCAUCAAGAAAGUCAUCGAUUGGUGUUAAAGACAUGAUUGCAGAUAUCAAAGAAGAAAUUAAAGAUUUUAAAGAAGAAAUUAAAGAUACAUCCCGGAAGUCGUCUAUUGAUAUCAAAGACAAGGUUGCAGAAAUAAAAGAAGAAAUUAAAGGAGCAAAAUUCGAAGUUGAAAAAGAGGUUGAAGAAACAAAAGAUGCAUCCAUAAAUGCAUCUAUUAUCAUUAAAGACAAAAUUGCAGAAAUAAAAAAAGAAAUAAAGGGGGCAAAAUCUGAUGUUAAAAAAGACGUUAAAGAUAUAAAGGAAGAUAUCGAAGAUUCUUAUAGAAAGGCAUCAAUUAAUAUUGAUGAUAAAGUUGCAGAAAUCAAAGAAGAAAUUAUGGGAGCAAAAUCUGAAGUUGAAAAAGAAGUUGAAUAUGUAAAGGAAGACAUUAAAGAUGAAUCCAGAAAGGCAUCAAUUGAUAUAAAAGAUAAGGCAGCAGAAAUUAAAAAAGAAAUUGCAGAAGCAAAAUCCAAAAUGGCAGAAGAUAUUAAGGAUUCAGCAUCCGAAAUUUUAGACAACAUCAAAGAUUCUUCCAGAAAGUCUUCAAUCGACGUUAAAGAUAAGGUUUCCGAAAUCAAGGAAGAAUUAAAAGAGGCUUCAAGAAAGGCUUCAAUCGAUAUUAAAGAUGAAGUUUCAGAGUUAAAGGAAGAAAUUAAAGAAUCUAAAUCAGAAGUUAAAGAAGUCAUUGAAGAAACCGGUGGAUUCUUUAGCAAACUUGGAACAUCCAUAAAAUCUGCAUUUGGUGGUAGUGACGACAAACUGGAAGCCACUGCUACAGAAAUAAAUGAUGAAGUUAAAAAAGAAAUAAAACCAAUUGAAACAGUAGAGGAAGUUAUUGAAGCACCGACAAAAAUUAGUAGUUAUUCCUUGGAAGCAACUUCAGACACUGCUACUCAUAAACCAAGAAGUCUGGAAGAAAGCGAUAUUUUAAAAAACCUCGAAUCAAUGAUUGUAACGAAUAUUGAUGAAGAAGUUUCCUCACCAAAAAUUAGAAGCAAAAGAGAAAUAAAGUUGGAAUCACCCAAGGCCGAUUCGCCUCCAUCAAAAUGCGAGGAGCCAAUUUGCAAAAAGGUUGAAGUUAAACCACUUAUUGAUGACUUUGAUAUAUUAAACACCAUUGGAUCAGCAAUUGGAGGUAUUAUUGGCGAUACCAAGGAUGCCAUAGAAAAAUGUGCCACUGAUUUCAAGGACACUAUUGAACAUGAGACCAAAGAAUUGGGUAAUACGAUACAAAAAGCUGUUCACACUGCCGAAGAAACAAAAACUAACGUCGAGAAAUUUUUGGACGAUAAGAAAACGGAAAUUGAGACCGAAGUCACCGAAAAAAUUGCUGACAUCGAUGGAAAAAUUAAAGAUACAGUUCAAAUUACAACUGAUACCCUAACACAAGUCAGUUCAACUGUCGAAACAAAAGUGGAAGAUACCAAGAAGGAAAUUGAAAAAAGCGCUCAUGAAAUGAAGGACACCCUUGAAACAAAACUAUCUGAAUCAGUACAAUCAACUGUUUCCACUAUAGAACAAAAACUGACAGAAGUAAAAACCACAAUAGAUGACAACAAAGCUGUCUACGAAAACACUGUUUCCGAUAUUCAGGGAAAAUUAAAGGAAACUGCUGAAAAAACAGACAGUUUUAUCGACCAAAUCGGCACAAACUUAAAAACUAACAUUAAAGAUGCCACAGCAGGGUUGGAAUUAAAAAACCUCUUGGACGAUGGAAAGAAUAAGAUUGCUACCUCAGCUGAAGCUACUAAGUCAGUUGAUGAGAAAGUAGAUGAUAAACUUUCCGAAACUAAGGAGUCCUUAGAAGACAAUAAACCUAAAGACGAAAUUAAACCAGACGAUUUAAUCGGAGCACUUGGUAGAGAAAUCAAAGACGAAAUCGAAGAGAAUAAAAAGGAAUUGGAAAAUAAAUCUUCUGGUGUACAAGAAAUUGUAGAUCAAGAAUCUGAUAAAAUUGCUUCCGACCUGAAAGAAUCUGUGGCCGAUAAAGUUGAAAGCGUUGAACAAGUAGCCAAAAUAAAGGAAUCUGAAAAAACCAAAAAGGAAGAAAUAAAGGAAACAGUUGAGGAGGCAAAAGAAAAAGCUGAUGGAUUAUUAAGCAACAUCGUUUCUGCAGUGGGUCAUGCAAUUGAUGGGGUCCAGAAAGAUAUCGAGGAAAAAACUACUGACUUAAAAGGUACUAUUCUAGAAACUGAAAUCACCGUUAAAGAAAACGCUAUUGAUAAAAUUGAAGAUAUUAAAGCGCAAGAUAAAGAAACCAAAGAAGAAGCUCCAGGUCUCUGCAAUGCAAUAGACUCUAAAGUAGACGAAAAAUGCAGAAUCGUAAUCGAUAAGCUGGAAGAUGCAUUUGAACUUAAAGUCGAUGAUGAUGAACCUUUAGUAAACGGACAAUUGGAACAAAUUCAAGAGGGUGCAGUUAGUUUGAGAAAAAUGAGCGAAGCUUUGGAUAAAACGAUAAAUGAGUUCGCCAGCAAACUUGAAGCUGAAGCUAAGGAGACAAAAGAAGCUACCCUUGAAACUGCGUCAAAUGUGGAAAGCAAGAUUGAAGAGGCGAAAAAAGAUGUAGAAGCCAAGGUUGAUGAUAUAAAAGAAUCGUUGGAAACAAAAGUAAGUACAACCAAAGAACAGGUUAAAGAUACUAUUGAUGCAAAGACAUCCGAGUUAAAGGAGGAAGCAAAAUUAGCGCUGGAUAAAUGUGAAGAUACAGUAAAACAAGUGGAAGAAGUGGUUUGCGAGAAGGUAACUUUAGCCAAAGAUCAAUGUGAUAAAGCUGUUAGUGAUAUAACUGAUACAGUUCAAAAACAAACUUCCGAUGUAGAAGUUGAAUUAUCCGAUACGGCUGCCAAAGUAGAGAGUAGUAUUAAAGAAAAAUUCGAUGAGGUUGAUGACAAACUAGCCGAAGCAACUAAAAAAGUGGGUGACACUCUUGAAACUGCAUCUGAUAUGACCAAAUCUUUCUAUGGUAAACUAGAAGAUGAAGUUGGCACUGUUAAAGAAAAGAUUGGCGAAGAAAAGGACAAGGUAGAAAAAGCUGGCGAGCAUGUUGUGGAGGAAAUUAAGGAUGUAUUUCACAGUGUGGGCGAUAUGGCAAAAUCAAUAUUCUCUUCCAAUGAAGCCGAAAAAGCCAUAGAAAAAUCUGCUGACGGUCUUACAAAAACCUUUGAUACCAUGACGGACAUGUCCAAAUCUGUGGUGUUCGAAAAAUGCGAUAAAGAACCAGAACCAAUAUCUCCUGCUGAAUUAAAACAAGCGUCUGAAAGUAUUGAAAAAACGGCUGAUGAUAUAACCAGUGCAUUUGAUGCUGUUACGGAUAUGACCAAGUCUGUUAUUUUCGAUAAAAUGGAGGAUUUGGAUAAAGCCAGUAAGACAGUGGAACGAGGUGCCAAAGAUAUUUCGGACACUUUCGAAACUGUUACUGAUAUGUCAAAGUCAGUGAUCUUCGACACUGUAGGAGAUUUAGAAAAAGCCAAAGAUGUAGUAGAAAAAUCCGCGACUGACUUGGCUGAAACUUUCGAUUCAAUAUCCGAUAUGAGUAAAUCCAUUCUCUUCGAUAAGUGCGAGGGAAAGGAUGCAGGUAAAGCGUCUUCGGUGGUUGAAGAAUGCGUGGAAAAAUGUGAUAAAUCCAAGGUAAUCAAGGAUCAAGUAGAUAGCGUAUGUAGCCUGGAUAAAAAGACUGAUAAAAUAGAAACAGGAAUUGAAAGUAGCAUUGCAAGUAACGAAAAUAUGUUGAACGUUGCGCAAAACGACGCAAAGAAACUAUCGAUAUCCGAUGUUGAAAUAUCCUUAGGUGAAGCAAAGGAUGAUGAUAUUAGCAAAAGCCCCAAGCAAUUAAGCGGCAAAUCUACACCGGACAGUAAACUUGAAUCACAUAUCCAUGAUAUUCCACCUGUGCCUGUAAGUCCUCUCGCUAAAGACAUGAAGAAACCUGCUAACGAAGUCGUUUCGGCCAUAAAAGAUGAUACUAAAGAUAUUAGAAGUUACACCCCUGGCAGUGACGACUACGAAAUACCAUCAGCACAUAGCGGUAUUUCUUCAAGUCAAUUUUCAGAAAAAAUCGAAAGCGACGAUGAAGAAAUCCCCGGUUCGCCACAGAGCAUGACGUCACAAGUGGCUCAUUCGCAGUCAUCUUCUCACUAUGACUUUGAUGAGGAUGCUAAUAGGAUAUCCACAAAAAUGGAUCCUAUGAACAUGUCGUUCUACGGGGCUCUACCAGACGAGCCUGAACAACCUCCACCAACUUAUUUGUAUGAGAUUACCAAAGCCAAAGUGAGCAGUCAGGUUAAAGAAGAUGAUAAUAAAGUGAUAGAGAAGGUAGAUAGCAAUAUACAAUUAGAUGAAAUGAAUAAAAAUGGCGCGCAGGGCGGUAGCAGUCUUAUGACCGCUAGCUUUAUGGGUGAGCUACCAGCAGAUGAAACUAAAGAUGAAAAAGAUGAAAAAGACCCUAUUGCUUCUUGGGGUAAACCAUUGGGAUUACCAAGCCCUGCACCGCCAGAUAACAAAGGCACUCCCAAGAAGGAGAAGAAGUUACCACCAAACGUAACCGCUAAAAAUAAGUUGAACGAUGACAGAAAACGAUCGGAAUCGCCGUCGAAAUAUAGAAAUAAGAGGCUGAAUCCUGUUUACGUUGACUUGACGUAUGUGCCCCAUCAUGGAAACUCCAACUAUUCCUACGUGGACUUUUUCAAGAGGGUCAGGGCGAGAUACUACGUUUUUUCGGGUAUUGAACCGAGCAAAGAAGUUUACAACGCUUUGUUGGAAGCCAAACAAACUUGGGAAGACAAAGACUUAGAAGUGACAAUUAUUCCGACUUAUGACACCGAUAUUUUGGGUUAUUGGGUGGCCGAAAACGAGGAACUCCUGACCAAAUACAAGAUCGAUCUUUCGCCGUCAGCCAGUCGUUGCACCAUCAAUUUGCAAGAUCACGAGACAUCCUGUUCAGCUUACCGUCUGGAAUUUUAAAUCGGUUUCGAUUGAAACAAAUUUUAAUUUUUUUAUUUUAAUCAAACCAAACAAAACAACUCCCCUUAAUGAAUAGGCGACGGCUUUGAUGCCACAACGAAAUUAGACAAUUUCGAAACGUCCAUUUUACUUCGCCAAGGUAUAACGUGUCUCUUCCCUGUUUAUACCUCUUUAACCUAAAUUAAUGUUACGAACGGUCUUCAUGAAACCAAAUAACUCAAUUAACUAGACUAGAAAUAGUUAUUGUUAAAAUCACCCCCUUAAAAUUUUAGACUGGUUCCAGGAGAACAAAGUUAGGGCAUUUUAAAUUUCAAAUAAUUUAAAUGUUGUUAAAAAAUGCUUCGUCAUCAAUGAUUCUCUGGAGGAAUCAUUGACGAUGGCACUUGUUACACAUGGAAAUAUGUGUAAACUUAGAAUUAUUAAGUAAGCUAUCAACAUCAUGGCUAGAGAUCGCGGGAAGUAAUUUAAUAGCCUGCAUUAACCGAAAACCAAUUUCCAUAGACAAUCUACUCCACUAACUCACCGAUACUUUAAUACUUGUGCAGUUUUCGGCCAACAAUUAAAUCUUAAGUGCGCGUUAAUGCUUUCGCUAUUCAAUUAUUUCUGUUGCUUUAUAUGUAUUAUUAUACCUACCUAAUAUAAUCUAAUGUGAUACCCCUAGUUUAUGUUAGCAAUUUGAUGUCCCCUAAACGGCUGGUUUUAUGUACUGCCUCGUGUGGCCGUUUCUGUUUUAAGCAUUUUGAUACAGACACGCUUUUAGACUCACCAUGCCAAAGCAAUUCUUUCUAAGUUAUUUAUUUUUCGUUUCGCGUGCAAUAUAUUUAUUGAUAAUGUUAGUGUACUUAUUUAUUCAGCCAAAUUCGUUUUCAUUCAAUAACUAUGUUUGUUGAGGCCUAUAAGAUACGAGAUGCUUAAGGUGUGAUUGGUAUUAUAUUAAAUUUUAUAGUAUAAUUUAGUCAGUCCUUGUUAUUUUUUGAGUUCAGAUUAUUUCGACGGGCUUGUGAUUUUGAUUUCGCAUUGGUUAAUAAACUGUAUACGUGUUAAGUUAAAUAGAUGAGGGGCCACUGAAAACGAAAUGAAAAAUUCUCUGAACUCGAAAAUGGGACGAAAUGAGGCAAAAUUGAGCUUGUACUUAGUACGCAAUAAAGAUAUUGUUAACUAAAUAUGUAAGUAUGGUGCUAACAGAGUAUGCCUUGAAGGUUUUUCUAAUUAUGGCGAAGUGCGUCAUCUGGAAAGUAGAUAUAAAAAAAUUGAAUUCGAAUGUCCGUUAGAGGAAUAAAUUCAGUAUAAAUCAAUGGAAGAAUUUGUUUAUCAAAGUCAAUGGUUUUGCUUUUAUUUAACGCACAUGUACAACCAAUGAUUUCUACUGAAUUCCAUUUUCUGAGAGAGUCACUUUAUAUUUAUGUUAAAACAUGAAAACAUCUAACGUUACUUGCAGUUUCACUUUAAAUUAACUACAUAUAUAUUAAAGAAAACAUAUAGCUUCUAGUCAAAAAUUUGAUCUUUUAGCUUAAAAUGUUAUAAAAGUUACAUAUAUUCAAUCGCAAUUAAUGUAUGGGAUAUGUAUGAAAAAAUAAAUUUUAAAAAUAAUCCAAGUAUUUUAUUUAUUAAUCUAUAAUAGUUCAGUCUAAAAAAACGAGUAAUGGAGAAAUAUAAAGGUAGAUCAAUAAGUCCUCACAAAAUUAAAGAGAUUUUUCCUGAUAAUUGCAAUAUUGGUAGAUUUCAGCCAUAGCUUAGCUUUUUACAAAAUACACAAAUUAUUAUUUUUUUAAUUUUAAGUUUUUAAUAAUUUUUAGAAAUUUCGAUUUUUUUGAAAUUUUUUAAUAUUUUAACAAUUUUGGAAAAUUUGAAAUUUUUUAAAAUUCCACAAAUUUGUUACCGUUUUUUACUCGUCAUACCCUUUCAUUUGAUACUUAAUGUCAAUCGUCGGCCGCCAUAUUGAAUUAAUAUUAUAUAAUAGCAUAGCAAUACAAAAUAAUAAUAAUAAUAAUAAUAAUAGUUUAUUAGCAUCAUACAUAUAAAAAAUUGUAAAUUAAAAAAAAUUAAAAGUUUGAAUUGAAAAAUGAUGGGGUUCGGAGAGUGGUUUUCGUUUCUCUUAUCCAAAGAAUGCCUUUUUGCGUUUACAGAAUGUUUAGAUUGAUUCAGGUUUUUUUUAAUAUCGAUUUUAAGUUUUAUUAAUUUUGGAACCCGAAAACCCGUUAUUUAUUAAUUUAAACUAAAACAAAAAAAAUGAUGGGGUUCUGAAAGUGGUUUUCGUUUCUCCUAUCCAAAGAAUGCCUUUUUGCGGUUACAGAAUGUUUAGAUUGAUUCAUUUUUUUUUUUAAUAUCUAUUUUACGGUUUAUUAAUUUUAGAACCCGAAAAACCGUUAUUUAUUAAUUUAAACCAAUUAACUGGUAGGAAAUUGUUGUCAUAACAAUAAAUUAAAAAGAAAUAAUAAAAAAAACAAAAAUUAAAAUGGGUGUAAACAUGUCACUAAAAGUACAUUUGCUCCAUGCACAUCUUGCCCUGUUUGAAAAUCAGCUGUCCACCGAAUCAGAAGAGAAUCAAACAAUAAUGGAAAUGGAAAAUCGUUAUAGAGGAAACAGGUUUGAUUCGAUGUUGGCACAUUUUUGUUGGUCUAUGGCAAUGGAAAUUUUGGCAUAAAAUUAUAAAUAAAAUUUGUUACACCUAUCUUUUAUGUUGAUCCAUUCUAUUUGUUAAAAAGAAUAUGUUUUUAAUAAUUAAUUUAAUAAUAAUAAUAUUAAUUACCAUAAUUAUUAUUAUGGUAGAAGCGAAAGAACUAAGAAAUUGCUCUACAACAUAUUAAAUCCAGAAAAAGGUUCAAUUUUUUAAAAAAUUUGCAUCCUAUUGUUCUCAUUAUUUUUUUCUUUAUUUGAUUGUUAUUACUUUAUAAAACAAUAUACAAAACCAAUAGUUAUCUUUUAAGACUAAUUAUUUAUUAUUUUUUAAAUUGAUAUUAAAAAAAAAACAGAAUCAAUCUAAACAUUCUGUAAACGCUAUAAUUCAUGAUUUUGAUUGUAGAAACCGAAAAUACUUUCAGAACCCCAUUAUCUUAAUUUUUUCCGAAAAUGUUGCACAGUGAAUUUGUAUUGUUAAUAACAAUAUAAAAUUACUUAACUUAUAUAUUACUUAACAUUGCCUCUGUGCGUGGUUUGCUUUUUGAAAUCGAUUUAAGCUAAAUAUAUACUAAAGAUUUUAUAAUUGAAAGAAAAAAAAUAUGAAAAUGUCAAAAAAAAAUUAAAUAAAAAAAAAUUAGUUUUAUAAAUUUAGUGAAUUAAAAAAAUGGAAAUUUUAAAUUUUUUUAAAAUCCAAAAAUUUCACAAAUGUGUCACUUACCAAAAUAUUUGAAUUUUAAAAUUUUAAGCGAUUUUAAGAAUUUCGUAAUUUAUAAAAAAUUUAAAUUUUGUAAUGUUUUACAUACAAAUUGUUGGAAUUUUAAAAAAAGUCUACUCGUCAUACCCUUUUAUUUGAUACCCAUAUGUCAUGUCAAGGAGGUUGUAAAGAAACAGGCAAUCCUAUUGGAUUAAUUUAUUUAUAUUUCUCUCUUACUUAUGCACAGCCCCUCAUUUAUAACGCCACGACAUACAAGCAAAUAUGAUCCCCUCUACUUUUACUCGUGUCCAAUCUUACUUGUAUCCAUUCUCUUAAACAGCCAACUUCAUGGUGUGGAAUUUUUGUUAUCUGCUACAAUUUUACUCACAACUUUAAUAAAAUGAAUCAACCCAAAAAAUGUGUUUUUGUAGUGUUUUGUCAGGACUUAUUGACCCUCGUUAAACAGGUAAAUAUCACAAUAGAAGAAAAUGAGCGCGACUAAAUAAUAAUAAAUAAUGGAAUUCAAUGAAAUUAACGCUGCAAUCUACAAUCUAGUAUCGUCGGGCAUUUUUUCAAAAUACGCUAUUUUGCCUUCAUCCACUUUAUAAUCGUGAAUCCACCUACUGCCUUUUCUCAAGCUAUCGUCUAUGCCAUCCCUCCAAACUCCGGCCGGUAAGUAAACUUCCCUCUGUCUUGCUCCAGCAUACAAAACCGGAGCCACAAUAAUUUCAUCUCCAAUCAAGAAUUCGUCCACAACUGUGUGACAGGCCGGGUCGUUGGAAUCCAGCAUCCAUAACGGCCGAAUUAUGGGCAAACCAAAGUUUAUCGCUUCUUUUGAGAACUUCUUCAGCAGUGGAGUUAUCUGUUUCAACCAAAUAUUAAAAUAAAAAAGUUACCCUUGUGGAAAUUUUU